GGUCGCGAAUCUCCCUGGCUUUGCCCAAAGUUCCCCGCUCCUUCUUCAGCGUGCGAGCAUGGGGACCGUGACGGCUGCUGGCAGAGCGGGCCGCCGGGGUGGCCGGGGGCCGCGGCGGCCGCGGUGACCUCCGCGCGACCGUGGCACCUGCGGAAAACCCCGAGGGCCCCGGGCUGCUGAGCCCGCGGGACACGGCGGCGGAGGCGCAGCGCAGCGGCAGCCCGCGGCCUGCCCGGGCCCGAGGUUGCGGCAUGUUUACUCUCCUGUCAUCCAUCACUGCAGCUGUCAGUGGCCUCCUCGUGGGUUAUGAACUUGGGCUCAUCUCUGGGGCCCUUCUUCAGUUAAGAACUUUAUUAGCCCUAACCUGCCACGAGCAGGAAAUGGUUGUGAGCUCCCUCCUCAUUGGGGCCUUGCUGGCCUCCCUCACUGGAGGGGUCCUGAUUGACAGGUAUGGAAGACGGGCUGCCAUCAUCUUGUCAUCCUGCCUCCUUGGACUUGGGAGCCUCAUCCUGAUACUCAGUUUAUCUUAUGAGGUCCUCAUUGUAGGCCGAAUUGCUAUAGGGGUGUCCAUUUCGCUCUCUUCAAUUGCCACAUGUGUUUACAUCGCAGAGAUUGCUCCACAACACAGAAGAGGUCUUCUUGUGUCCCUGAAUGAGCUGAUGAUUGUCAUCGGCAUACUUUUCGCCUACAUCUCAAACUAUGCAUUUGCGAAUGUUUCCCAUGGCUGGAAAUACAUGUUUGGCCUUGUUAUUCCCUUCGGAGUUUUGCAAGCAAUCGCAAUGUAUUUUCUUCCUCCAAGUCCCCGGUUUCUGGUGAUGAAAGGACAUGAGGAGGCUGCUAGCAAGGUUCUCAGAAGGUUGAGAGCCAUCUCAGAUACAACAGAGGAACUCACUGGGAUAAAAUCUUCCCUGAAAGAUGAAUAUCAGUAUAGUUUUUGGGAUCUGUUUCGAUCAAAGGACAACAUGAGGACUCGGAUAAUGAUAGGUCUAACCUUGGUGUUUUUUGUGCAAGUCACCGGUCAGCCAAACAUAUUAUUCUAUGCAUCAACUGUUUUGAAAUCUGUUGGUUUCCAAAGCAACGAGGCAGCCAGCCUUGCCUCCACGGGGGUUGGAGUUGUCAAGGUCAUCAGUACCAUCCCUGCCACUCUUCUUGUAGACCAUGUUGGGAGCAAAACCUUCCUCUGUAUCGGCACCUCUGUGAUGGCGGCUUCUUUGGUGACCAUGGGCAUCGUGAAUCUCAACAUCCCCAUGAACUUCACCAAUAUCUGCAGAAGCCAGAGCCCUAUCAACCAGUCAUUGGAUAAGUCUGUAUUUUAUGGGCCAGGAAACCUGUCAGCCAAUGAUGAUACUCUUAGAGAACUCUUUAAGGGGAUCACGGCCCACAGCCAAAACCCCUUAAUGCCCACAAGAAAUGACAUGGAUAAGAGAGGGGUGACAAUCUUACCAAAUGCUAGACUGAGUCCAGCUGAAUACCUGAUAGUCACAGACCCUGCAGAUGUCCCAGCUUUCCUGAAAUGGCUUUCCUUAGCCAGCUUGCUUGUUUAUGUUGCUGCUUUUUCAAUUGGUCUAGGACCAAUGCCCUGGCUGCUACUGAGCGAGAUUUUUCCUGGUGGAAUUAGAGGACGAGCCAUGGCUUUAACUUCUAGCAUGAAUUGGGGCAUCAAUCUCCUCAUCUCUCUGACAUUUCUGACUGUGACCGAUCUCAUUGGCUUGCCGUGGGUGUGCUUUAUAUAUACAAUCAUGAGCUUAGCAUCCCUGGUUUUUGUUGUUGUGUUUAUACCUGAGACAAAGGGAUGCUCUUUGGAACAAAUAUCAGUGGAGCUGGCAAAAGCGAACUAUGUGAAAAACAACAUUUGUUUUAUGAGUCAUCAUCAAGAGGAAUUAGUGCCAAAACAGCUUCAGAAAAGAAAACCCCAAGAGCAGCUCUUGGAGUGUCAAAAUCUAUGUGGUAGGGGGCAACCGAGGCAGCUUUCUCCAGAGACCUAGUGGCCUCAAAUGUUGACAAAGUACAAGAACAAUUAGAAGGGUGCCUUUGUACCAAUACACAUUGCCUACUCCCAUGUUUCUUAGUGUCACGAAGCUAGUUUUAAAGAGACACCCUGAAACAGACAAACUUUAACCUCCACCUCUCAAAAGGUAAACGAGGUAGAAGAUCCCAAGUGGUCUCUUUCUUACUCUGCGUAGGAUACCAGGUGAAAAAAAUACUGGCUAGUUCAACACUUUCCACCUUUUUCACAGAGCAGCCUUUGAAAAACUAUGAACUAGUAACGCGAUCAACUUUCGCCUUAAGGUUUGUAUGUACAGAGGCCAGUUGCGGCUUUAUUAUUCAGACACAUACAUGGCUUGAACACAAGCUUAGUUUUUUGCCCACUAAGACAGUACUUGUAUUGGGCCUCUGUAAAAAAGAAAUAGGACACAACAUGGAUAAUUGCACCUGUGUUCUAGAUUAGGAUAGGAUUCUGGCUAGGAAUUCAGUGAUAAUUCCUAAUUAUAGUUCAACAAGUACAAAGAUUAUGCAGCUUAUUUUAUGAAUUAUGAACUACAGUGUAACGCAAAAUACUGUUUUAUGAAUUAUAUAUAUAAAAUGUUAAAAAAGAAACAAUUCCACAAUAGUUGAGAAAAAUAAGCAUUUUCCCAUCCAUUUAAAAAAAUAUGAACAGAAAUGACAAUUUCCAAAUCCUGGGACCAUUUUUAUUUAGUAGUGCCUGUUAGUAAAACAUUAGAAAAGGACUCAGGCCAUUAGGUUAUUGAUCCAAAUCUCUAUAAUCAAUUAGGUUUGAGUUACUAGGUCAAACUUCUAAAACUCUUUAUAAGGCUUUCUUGAUGGCUUAAUGGCGAUCCAUUGGUUUCCUGCAACUGUUUGCACUCCUCAGGAAUAUCACUACCUCAGGUUACAGCAUACUGGCUGUAACUGAUGCUGACUUCCAGAUGACUGCAGAUGUAGUGAGUGACACUCAGACAUCAGGACAGUUUCCUCACUAUUGUUCUUUUCUAUGAUGAAACGGAGGUCACCAAGGGUACCAGAAACUUGGGUUUUUCCCCACACAACAAUGAAUUGCUCUCUUCUGCAUUUCUCCAGUUGAAUAUUAGGACUUGGUGAGGCAUUUUACCACUUUGGAUAUGACAGAAAAUCUACAAUGAAGAAUCUCAAUCUACUUAAGUAGUGACCCCUUAAAUUACUAUUAUAAGCUAUGGGAGGCACACAAAAACUUACAUGAACAACCUAACUUGAAAAAGAAUAAAACAUUAUGAUUGGCCUGAAGAAGAAUCCUCAGAGCCAAAACUCUGUUUAGAUUGGAACCUUCCUAUUGGCCCCUAACGAACUGUUCCAGUUUGAUAAAAGGGUGUAUGAUCUAGUAAUUCCCCUACAAACAAAGUGGAAAGCCUAUAAAUCUAUGUAAGGAACAGGGACAGUGUAACCGCAGAGACUCAGGAGAAUGACGGAAAGUGCUGAUUCUGAAAUGUAUUAUAUAAUGAAAACUGGCAGGGAAAGAUACCAGGUAGGGAGAUGUGAGAUCGUAUUUGUACCACAGCACAUUUCCUAAGUGAGGACAAGUUUUUCGUUUUUUAUUUUGGAAGGAGAAGGAAAAGUCUGUUCUGUAGAGGAUCAAUUUAAGAAAUUUAUGAUGAAUCCUCAGUGGAAUUAUAUGCCGAGGUUAUUCUUUAAAAAUCAAGAUAGGUAAUUGAUAUGAUUUUUUUUUUGUCCAGCAUCACAGAUUGUGAGAUAUUUAACAAAACUGUUACAGGUUUCCUUCGAAGUUCAAACACCGUAUAUACACAUUACCAAUUUCUUGUUUUAGCCAUUCAUCCUAAAUGGGUAGGAAACUGUUCAUAACCUUUAGGAGGUUUAUCACUAGUGAUUUCAACUUCAGUAUCUUAAACACUCUAAUAUUUUUCUUUUAUUAUCCUGAGUCUGUAACUAAAUUAAUUCUGUCUU